AUGCCUACUGCUGAAGAAUCUUCAGAAGAACAGGCACGCGCUCGGGCUCACAAGAUUCAAAGCGACCUUUCCCAGUCGCUUCUCCAAGCCGCACGCGAUGAAGCGAAGGCUAAAUAUGGCUACGAUUCCGAGGCUACACGUAACGAGAUGAUAGAAGAUAUCAAGAGGCGAUCGCACGGGAAGAUUAACUUGCAUCCAUGGCAAGUCGACAUCGGAGAAGCACUCCAUCUCGGUCUCGACGUCGAGGCUAUCGCAGGGACGGGAAGCGGCAAGACGAUUCCCAUGGCGCUGCAACAUUGUCUUUCUCGGAACGGUAUGAAGAAGGUCACGAUCGUGAUUUCUCCGCUCAAUGUUCUGGAGGAGGACCAGGCUCGUCGCUUCAGGGCUCUUGGGCUAUCCGCUGUUGCUGUGAAUGGAAAAACUUACAAUGCAAAGCUUCAAAGGGAGAUCGCACGAGGGCGCUACCGAAUCAUCAUCACAUCACCAGAGAUGUCGCUCCUCCACAAGGAGUUCCGAGCGCUCCUCAGCGACCCGAAGUUUGCGAAGCGAAUCUGCGCAUUUGUCAUUGACGAGGCGCACUGCAUCAAGCUUUGGGGAGAGAAGAAGUUUCGGGAGAUGUACUUUCGGUUGGGUGAGCUGCGAGCAUACGUUCCGAACCACAUCCCCUUCCUCGUCACCUCCGCCACUCUCACUCCCUCCGACCUCACCGACAUCCGAAAAUCCGUCCACAUGGAGCCCUCGAAGACGUUCCACAGCAACCUUGGCAACGACCGCCACAACAUCUCAUGGAGUGUUCGCUACAUGACAGGUAGCAAGACCGAUUUCGAUUCCCUCGACUUCCUGCUCCCGAACGAUCCGAAUGCGACGACGCUCGAGCGCGGCCUUGUUUUCUUCGACGACAUCAAAAUCUCAAUGCACGCGUAUCGCCACAUUAUAUCAAAGCUCCCGCCACAUCUCAGGUCCAGGGUCGCGUUGUACCACGCUCGAAGAGGAGAAAAGUCGAAGGCGAAGGCGUACAGGGAGUUCGAGAAAGGGAACAUAGAUAUUUUAUUCUGUACAGAGGCAGCAGGCAUGGGUUGUGACUUACCGCGUGUCGAUUUCGUUGUACAAUUCAUGGUCCCAAAAUCCCUUUCGAUCUGGCUCCAGCGUGCCGGUCGUGCUGCGAGAGCGAUAGGCACCCAGGGCCGUGCAUAUUUGCUGGUCCAGCCGUCUGUUUUUCAAGAGAAGAAUAAGAGUCAGCGGAAGGAGGACGACGAGGUAGAGUUUGUGAAGACUGUGGAGGAGUACUUACGGAAGUGGAUUGAGACAAAGGAUUGCCGGAGGGAUGUCCAAGACGGCUGUUUCAAUAACCCACCAGGCCGUAAGAGUAAGGGCUCUCGCUAG